AUCCAACCUUUCCUUCAACUCAGAAAGAAAAAGUUCAAUGGUAUAUAGACAUAUAUACAAUGCCUGUUUUACAGAAGAGAUGCCCUAAUGCUCUUUCUUUUAUACAAUAUAGGCCAAUUAUAUUUUGUUCGAAACAGCCUCAGGCUACACUCUUUUUGAGCGUUUGCAAUCAGAAGAAAUUGGUUCCAAGUUGGAAUCAGUUCAAAAGUCAAUUGCUGAUCUUCCCAAAUUCAGCAAAAUGCUCAAGCUUAAGUCUUUCCAACCUUUCAAAAGUGCUGCUGAUGCUUUAGAAAAUGCCAACGAUGUUUCUGAAGGUAAUUCAUUUGUACAAACUGAAAGUUCGCUUGACAGUGUGCGCUAAAUACGUACGUAACGUAUGCUUCCGUGUUUUGUAGGUAUCGUCAACCCUUCUUUGAAAGCCUUCUUAGAAAUGAACCUUCCUAAGGCUGAUAAGAAAUCCAAGGUUUGUCUUGGUGUCACUGAAAAGAAUUUGGCGGGUGCUCUCAAGUCUGAGUUGAACAUUGAAUGCGCUUCUGACGAAAUGGUCCAAGAGCUUAUUCGCGGUAUUCGUUUGUGGGCUGAAAAGUUACUUGGUCAACUCAAGACCGGCGACUUGGAAAAGGCCCAACUUGGUCUUGGCCACAGUUAUUCUCGUGCCAAGGUCAAGUUCAAUGUCAACCGUGCUGAUAACAUGAUUAUCCAAGCUAUUGCUUUAUUAGAUCAAAUGGAUAAAGAUGUGAACACUUUUGCCAUGAGAGUGAAAGAAUGGUACUCUUGGCACUUUCCUGAAAUGGUCAAGAUUGUCAACGACAAUUACAAAUACGCUAAGCUUGUCAAGAUUGUUAAGAAUAAAUCUGACAUUUCUGAAAAGGAUUUGGAAACUAUGGCUGAUAUGUUAGAUGGCGAUGAAGCUAUGGCUCAACAAAUUUUGGAUGCAGCUCGUGCCUCGAUGGGUACAGAUAUCUCACCUAUCGAUAUGAUCAACAUUCAGAACUUUGCCGAUCGUGUUAUUUCACUCGCUGAAUACCGUCAAAAACUCCACAGCUAUUUAGUCACCAAGAUGAACUAUGUUGCUCCUAACUUAGCCGCUUUAGUGGGCGAAGUGGUCGGUGCCCGUUUGAUUUCUCAAGCUGGUUCCUUAACAAACUUAUCCAAAUAUCCUGCCUCCACCUUACAAAUCCUCGGUGCCGAGAAGGCUUUGUUCAGAGCAUUGAAGACGAAGGGAAAUACACCAAAGUACGGUUUGAUCUACCAUUCCUCCUUCAUUGGACGUGCUGGUCAAAAGAACAAGGGUCGUAUCUCCCGUUAUCUAGCAAAUAAGUGUACUAUUGCCGCUCGUAUCGAUUGUUUCUCUGAUGCUCCUACAGACAAGUUCGGUCAAGCCAUGAGAAAGCAAGUUGAACAAAGACUCGAAUUCUUCGAUAGUGGUGCUCGUCCUGAAAAGAAUAUCGAUGUUAUGAAGAAGGUCAUUGAGGAAUUAGAUUUAGAUGAUGACGAAGAAGAAGCUGAAGCUCCUGCUGCUACUGCCGGUACAAAGAGAGCAGCUACUGAAGAUGACGUAGAAGAAAAGCCUGCUAAGAAGGCCAAGAAAGAAAAGAAGGAGAAGAAGGAGAAGAAGAGCAAGGAAGAGAAGAAGGAGAAGAAGGAAAAGAAAGAGAAAAAGGAUAAGAAGAGCAAGAAAGAGAAAGUGUAAAUUGUAAAGAAACCCAAGUAUAUAAUUAUUGUAAUAUUUUUUUUUCUAUUCAUCACCAAGUGUAUUUUGAAAUUAUAUGUCUUUUUUCAAACUAUAAAUAAACUUAUUCAUUCGUUUCUAAAAGUAAAAAA